CCCUCUCCUUGCGCCUGCGCACUGCGGCCUCGGCGCCUCAGGUUGACCAGUCGGUGUUCGUCCGUUGAGCGGGGCGGUCGUUUGGAGGAGAGCCUUGGUCGACGUUCGUUUUUUUUUUUAUAUAUAUCUCUAUAUAUCUCUAUUCCCCCCCUCCACCCGUCGUAGGCGAAAAUGGCUGAUCCGGCCGCCCAGUCCCCGUUUAUUUCUUCUUCGGCCGGGAGCGGCUCCUCCGAGGCGGGAGGACGAGACCUGAAGGGGGCAGGUUCCCCCCAAUCUUGCGCUGAUUCCUUUGUUACUUCCUCUCAGCCUGUCUCUCUCUUUUCGACCUCACAAGCUGGAGCAUCCGGAGUUUAUUUAGCACAUUCCGGGAAUCAGAGGGAAGCCAACUCUACUCUCCCCAAAGACCAACAACAGGAAGUCUUGGAAGGACCAAAACCAGGAGGUGUCCAAGGGACCAAGGAAGUUUCAAGGAUGGAGACCAUUUCGGUGGCAUCUCCGCGCCAAAUGGAAUUGCCCUUUUCGGUUGGAUCCAAAAUUCAUAGCCGCGGCCCAGUCAUGGAAGUGACUUCUCUGCGGGAAAGUGAGUUCACAGGAGCUAGUCCCUUGGAUGGUAAGACUGAUCAGAAUAAAUGCCAGCCCGAAGGAGAACGAGGGUCAAAAGGAGACUCCACAUUUGCACUGUUGGCCAGCUCGGAAGACGAACUCGAGAAGGUUCCUUCUGAGAUUCUCUGUUCACAUUCCGCCGGGUCUCUCGGGGUCGCUGUGGAGCCGCCCGUGGAAAAAGAUUCCCCUGAAUCUCCAUUUGAGGUUAUUGCUGACAAGCUGGAAUUUGAUAAGGAAUUCAAAGAGGUCCUGACCAGCAAUUCCAAGGACAUUGGGAGCAACUGGGUUAUCCACGGCGAAAGGGAGCUGUUGACCGACAUUCCAGAAGAUAGCGUUUGCGAGUUCCAGGUAAAGCCCCGUAGCAGCGGGCGGCUUCCCUCAGGACCGGGGCUCUCCCGCCAGUCUUCAGGCACGACGGCGGCUCUGGAGGAAGUCUCCAAAUGUGUCCGUGAACUGCACAGUUUCACCAACGAACUGCUUCACUGGGACUUGAUUCCCAGUAAGGAUCUGGAAGACAAGACAGAUGACUUUAUCGAUGCGGGCUUUAAGGCCUCAUCUGCCGAAAUCAGCGGCAGAGUUCCAGAACCCGUAGCGAGCCCUGGCGAUGUGGAAAUUGGCAAGGCUUCUGUGCCUUACCAGCCCGUGACGAUCAGCCUCCACCCAAAAGGCAAGCUGUCUCCAAAAGUAGACAAGAAUCAAGCCACGGUGAUUGGCCAAGCCGUCGCUGCGAUGAAAAGCGCUCCUCCGGAAGCCCUCCAGAUAACAGCCGAGCUGUCUUGGCCCAACCCAUGCUUGCCUGAAACAGCCGAUGCGGAUAGCUCUGGAGAAUCUGAUGACACGGUCAUCGAAGAUGUUCCGGCUGACUUGACAUUCCUGAAUAAAGCAGCGGCUUUGAAUUGCCAGGGGUUCUCGAAACUCACCGGCUCUUCUGAAGCCGAAAUUGAAUAUAUAGAUGAGGAGGAUGAGGAGGCAUCUGAUGAGCUUCAGGAAGACCAGAUGGUUCCCCAGUCCUUGGAAAGCCGUUGGCGAUUCGCCGAUGAGUUCAAAGCAAUCCAGGCUGUGGAGAGACCAUCUCCUGCACCUCAGCCUUCCAGAGAACCUGGUCUAAGCGCACCUUCUAAAGCCAAGCAGGUGUUUGACGCUGGAGAACUGGAGGUGCCGAGGAAGACUCCCAAGGCCGAAGAUCCUUUGAGAAAGAUCACUUUGGACAGUGUCAAAGCGGUGGUGUGCCCUGACGGGCUGGGCAGUGAGAGUUUUAUGGACUUCAUGAAGGAGUGCUUAAAAUCCAAGGGGGCCGAAUCUCCCGAAGAUCCGGUGGAGAUGUUCUCGGAGGCAGAGCUGAAGGCCGCUCGUGCCCAAGGGGCCUGGCCCUACUUUCAGCCGCCGCCCCAAGCCAAGCAAGAUUUCGAACACGAGCACGUCACCAUCACAGCCCUCAAAGAGGCGGGGAGGAAAGCCGCGAUGGAGAGACCCAAGCUUUUCUCUGCCCCCAGAGGGAUGCAUUCUGGACAGUACAGUGAGUUCCCGCCUGACGCUCCAGGAUCUGCUCCAAAGUCAGCUUUGGAAAAGAGGCCCCUCUGCCUUGAGCAGGCCGUCGAUGUGAUGCUCGUUCCCGCCAGUGUCAGUCUUGGGAAAACUUCUCAUCCGCUUCCUCCCGAGCCGCCGUCUGUACUACAUGCCAUGACAAAAUUACUGGCUGAAUUCUCAGUGCGAGAUCUGAUUUUCUGGAGGGAUGUCAAGAAGACCGGCGCCGUCUUCAGCACCACCCUCAUCCUGCUGCUCUCCCUGGCCGCCUUUAGCGUCAUCAGCGUCGUCUCGUACCUCAUCCUGGCCCUGCUGUCUGUCACCAUCUGCUUCCGGGUCUACAAGUCCGUCAUCCAAGCUGUGCAAAAAUCCGAAGAUGGCCAUCCCUUCAAAGCCUAUCUAGACAUGGACGUCACCCUCUCUUCCGACACCUUCCAUCACUACGUCAGCUCCGCCCUGGUCCACGUCAAUCACAUCCUGAAAGCUAUCCUGCGUCUGUUCCUGGUGGAAGAUUUGGUCGAUUCACUGAAGCUCGCAGUCGUCAUGUGGCUGAUGACGUACGUCGGGGCCAUUUUUAAUGGGAUCACCCUCCUCAUCCUAGGGGAAUUGCUGGUUUUCAGCAUGCCGGUCGUUUAUGAGAAAUAUAAGACUCAGAUCGACCAUUAUGUCGGGAUCAUCCGGGAUCAAGCCAAAUCCGCCGUUACAAAGAUCCAAGCAAAGCUGCCCGGCACCGUGAAGAAAAAGCCCGAAUAACCUUCGCCAGCCCACAAAAAAAUACCCAGCCAUUAACGAAAUCCACACCAACAACAACAACGACAACAAAAUACUCCUUCUUUGUGUCAUGGCUAUAAUCACUGUUCCUCGUAUCUUAUGAAGGAACUUGCCAAGUCAGCGUGAUGUCUGCGUUCCAAGCUUACUGAUUGUGUUUUAUUAUUAUUAUUAUUAUAAUAUUGUUGUUAUUAUUA